GGACUAGAUUGACUGCUUCUUUGACUCCUUCUAUAACUCCUUCCACUACUACUUCCGCCACCUCUUCCAUGACUAUUUCUGACACUUCUUCUACGACUUCUAUUACUUCUUUCACAACUUCUACUUCUUUCAUAAUUUCUACUGCUUCUUUUAUGACUCCUUCUACAACUACUUCCACCACUCCUUUCAUAACUACUUCCACUACUCAUUCUAUAACUUCUACUGCUUCUUUCAUAACUUCUGCUUCUUUUACGACUUCUGCUUCUUUCACAACUUCUCCUGCUUCUUUUAUGACUUCUACUACGACUUACAACAUUCCUAAUAUAUGA